UAUUAACCAAUAAAGAAAAUACAAAAGUAGGCGAUGCAAGCAUGGCAUAAUAUUAAAGCUACACACAUAUCCUCCGCCGCAAAGACACAGAAAGAGAGCUAAUUUGGAGGGAAAGGAAAGCAAAGAAUGGUGUUGAAAACCAAAUAAUCCACCACUCAAUUAACUUGACAUGGCUGCAGUCCAACUGGGAAAGUUUGGAAUAAGAAACGCAUCCUCCAUUCCGACAAGGAAAGCUUAUUGCCUCCCAUUCCCAACAUAUAUAUAACCUGUUGGGAUCAUCAUCAACUAAAUAUUAACACGCAGAGCAUUACAUACAUAACCCCUUCUUCGUACGGUUAAGUACAUCCUCAUUCGACCAUUGAUGGCAAAUGUUAGAGGAAGAACAUCAGGGAUGCACAUGGGAGAGAGAUUGUCAACAUUAACGCCCACACGUGUGAAGAUUGUUCCUGGUUCUGGCUGGACAGAUGACUCUAAUGGCCACUAUCUUCUUGUCGAUCUGGAAGGUUUCAACAAGGAGAAGGUGAAGCUGGAGGUGAAUACCACAGCUGGACAUCUAACAGUCACCGGAGAAAGGCAAGUGAACGAGAGGGAACAUGUCUAUAUUGAGGAAAAUUUUCCAAUACCAGCAAACUCAGACGUCGAUAAGAUCACCGGAAAGUUUGAUGGUGAGAUUCUCUAUGUAACUGUACCAAAGGUUGUUGCAGUAGUACAAGAAAACAAGGAACCUGAAAUAGUAGAAGUAAAGGAGCCCGAAAUAAUAGAAGCAAAAACGGAGCCUGAAAUGGUAGAAGCAAAGAUGGAGCCUGAAUUAGUACAACCAAAGAAGGAGCCUGAAAUAGUUCAAGAAAAGAAAAGACCUGAAAUAAUAGAGAAUCAGAAGGUCGAAGCUGCUCCAGCAGCAAAAAACACACACCUAAGAGCGCCCAAAAACAAUGAUGGAAAGUACAGAAACAAAUAUGAUGGCACAAAUGAUGCACAGCCAAACAGAUUAUUACGUGAUGCUCGGAUAUACUUUUCUCCAGAGAAUAUAAGGAAGUGGGAGGAAGAAAAAGGCAUUUUGAGAAGUGCAAUGGAGGUGUUGAGCAAAAACAAAGGGAUGGUUAUAACAGCUAUAGUAGCAUUCUCGUUAGGGAUGUUCGUAUCUCAAAAGUUCAAAACAGGGGAAUGA